CCUCUUCUCUUUCAUCGGAAGUUUUGUUUCAUUGAACAUUCACCCACUUUCCAGGGUUAGUUACAGCAUUCACAAAACAAUUACUGGACUUUCUGGAAGUAACUGGUCUUGAGAAGUUCAUGUACAGAUCUCUGGAACGCUGUACAAGACAACUGAUUUGGAGUGAUUUAAAUUUCAGCUUGAGGAUAAAAGUCUGCAAAAGAAAAUCCUGUGCCAAAUCCACAAAGAUGUCCUCUGUUUUUCGCUCGAGUAUGCUACAUAAUUUCCAGGCACUGCGUAUAAUAAGCGUAAGGACACUGUCGUCAGAACGUGUGGGGUUUGCAUCCUUCUCGAAUCAUGAGCUCAGGGAACCGGUUCCACCUGCCCUGCUAACAUUUAAGGAUCCACGAGCGUUUCAGUCCAAGAGUGGGUGGGAACUCAUACGAGCGCUUGGAGUUUUUAGACUCUGCUCUUACCCUGUGCUGGUCAAUAACUGUGGCAAGCUUAUGUCAAUUACACGGUCCAUCCUGGGCAAAAGAGGUUUUGCCAUGGUCCUUCGGCCAUUUGUUUAUGCUCAGUUUGUUGCUGGGGAAACAGAAACUGAAAUUGCAGCAUCUAUGGAGAAGAUGAACUCGCUAGGACUACGUCCCAUGUUGGCUGUUCCCAUUGAAGAGGAUCUAGGGGAAAGCUCUGGAGAGAAGAGGUACGAUGACAACUUGGCAGCCAUGUUGGAGUGUGUGCGCAUGUCUCACAGCAACGCCUGGAGCAAAGAUCCCAUGAUGCAACUGAAGAUCACUGCCUUGGUCAGCCCCGAGCUUUGUGUUAAGCUGACUUCCUUGCUGAAGAGCCAACAUUAUGAUCUUGACCUCUUGGUUAGAGCAAUGGACAAAGAGGUUAUUACAUUUCCUGGACUUAGUAAAACUGAAAACGCACAUUUUCUACUUGGACUGAACAGACUAAACCAAAUUGGAGAGGCAAGUAUUAACAAAGUCAGAGUUCUAGUGGAUGCCGAGUACACAUAUAUGAAUCCUGCGCUCACGCUCGUCACUAUGGCCAUGAUGAAGAAGUUCAAUCGAGAUACCGCCUGGAUAUGGAACACGUACCAGUGCUACCUGAAGGAGUCCAGAGAACUCUUGUUUGAUGCUAUCCGAUUGUCUGUGGACCAGUCUUUCUGCCUUGGGGUUAAACUUGUCCGAGGUGCAUAUAUGGACAAGGAGCGAAAGUUGGCAAGCAAGGAAGGACGACCGGACCCCAUUCACCAGUCCUGGGAGCACACAAAUGACAGUUACAAUGAGUCUCUGGAAGUGAUGCUGAACCUGAUUUCCCAGCAGCCUGACCGCUACAAGAUCAUUGUAGCAACGCACAAUGAAGAAUCUGUUAGAAAGGCUGUGACAUGGAUGAAUGAGUUAGAGAUUGUUCGAGAUGGGGGUUCGGUGUGUUUUGGUCAACUUCUUGGGAUGUGUGAUCAUGUGUCUCUCACUCUGGCUCAGCAGGGUUUCUCGGUGUACAAGUCUGUGCCUUACGGCUCAGUGGAUGACACGCUGCCAUAUCUGGUUCGACGUGCUCAGGAGAACCGCACCGUGCUGCAGGGGAUCCGCAAAGAGAGAGACCUGCUGAGGCAAGAGCUACGACGAAGAGUUCGGGAGAAGAUCACUCGAGCCAAGUAGACAAAUGA